AGGGCGCUAUGUAACGUCAGUUACGCUCAACUGGUGUCCGUGGAGGGGCGGCCAUCUCCAUUUGCGUUGCGAAGACCGCUGAGAGUUGAGUGGGAACACAUUUUGACCACGCCGAAUCAUUUCAAGAUGGCAGCUGCUCCCGCCAGCCCGACAAAAGAGACCAGCGACAGUGAACCUGAGCACCACCGAGUGAUCAUCAUUGGCGGUGGUGUCAGUGGCCUGUCUGCUGCCUCAUACCUAGUCAAGAAUGGCAUCACAGACUUCAAGCUGCUGGAGGCCCGUGGUCGUCUCGGUGGCAGGGUGGUGGCCGUGACUGUAGACCACCUGAAGCUGCAGCUGGGCGCCAUGUGGAUCCACGGCGUGCUCGGCAACCCCAUCUACGAGCUGGCCGUGAGCUGCGGCCUCAUCAGCGCCGUCCAGCACCAGCACCAGCGCCGCCUCAUGGCCUGCAGGGAGGACGGCCGCCGCGUACCCUUCCACAUCGUCGAGGAGGUGUACGAGGCGUACGAGGCGUUCCUGGACCGCUGCACCGAGUACUUCCUGUGCAAGCACGAGCCGCCCGACGGUGUGCAGUCGGUGGGCCAGCACGUGCGGCUCGAGGUCGACCUGUACCUGGCGACGCUGCCCGAGCGGGAGCGCGAGGUGCGCCGCCGGCUCUUCGAGUACCUGCUGAGGCGGGAGGCCGUCAUCUCUGGCGCCCACUCCAUGGAUGAGGUGGACCUGCUCGGCAGCGGCACCUAUUGCGACCUGCCGGGCGGUAACAUCCUGCUACCGGACGGCUACUCGUCGAUCCUGGGCCCGCUGCGCGAGGGUGUGUCUGCUGACCACGUCCUGCUCGGCCACAGCGUCAGCCGCGUCGACUGGCGCCGGCCAGAGCACGUGGCCGUCACCUGCGAGAACGGACGCCGCCUCACCGCCGACCACGUGGUGUGCACGCUACCGCUGGGUGUGCUGAAGGAGCGCGCCGAGCGGCUGUUCGAGCCGCCGCUGCCGGCGCGCAAGACGGCCGCCGCCGCCCGUCUCGGCUUCGGCACCACCAACAAGAUCUUCUUGGAGUACGAGCGGCCGUUCCUGCCGGCGGACGUGACGGAGCUGCUGCUGGCCUGGGAGCCGACCGACGAGGCGCUGCCGCUCGCCGAGCGCUGGCAGCGCAAGAUCUACUCGUUCGCCAAGAUGUCGGAGACGCUGCUGCUGGCCUGGGUGGUGGGCGAAGAGGCUGAGCACAUGGAGACGCUGUCGUAUGACGAGGUGGGCCGCGUCUGCACGGAGGUGCUCGCCAAGUUCUUGGGCGACCCUUGCGUCCCGCGGCCGAAGCGGACCAUCUGCUCCGGGUGGCGAAGUCAGCCGUACUCUCGAGGCUCGUACACCUACGUGAAGACGGGAUCUUCUCAAGACGACAUCUACGCCCUCAACGCGCCGCUCUGCUCCGAGGACGGCCAAACGCCUCGCGUGCUGUUCGCCGGCGAGCACUGUCAUCCGAGCUUCUACUCCACGGUGCACGGCGCCUACCUGACGGGCCGCAGCGUGGUGCAGCAGAUCCUGGCGGCGCCGGCCGCCUCCGCCGCGCUCGAGCCGGACGCUGAGGACGCCGACCUCAGUGCCUGGGUGGCCGGCAUGGGCGUGGCAUAGUGACCGACCCAGGAGGGGAGGGGCAGUGGUGCAAUUACAAUUGGUGCGUAUGUGGUGGUCCCAAUCACAGCUGGUCUGUAUGCGCUUUUGGUGCAAACAAGUAGUCUUGGACGCAAGGUAGGUCUGCUUUGAGAUAUUUCUUUGUCACGUGGUUGCUCCCCGAACCGAUGCGACUGGUACCGCCUCUGCCAGCGGGGGCGGCGCUCAGUUGGGCUGUGAUGCCGGCCAGUAGGUGUACGGGCCGACGAGGGUCAGCUGUAGGGUGCGAUGUGCGUCGCAUUUAAGACGCGCGCGGACGCCUUGCUUUUGCUGGUAUGCCGCGGGUUUGUAAGCGGAAGCUUCAUGGUCAUGCAUAGCACAAAUGAAUCUGACGCUCGACGUGAUGCCCGUAAGGAGGUAGCGUAUUGCCAGAGCGUCGCGCGAUGCUGCGUAUUAGUUACCAUUUAUUUACAAGUCACUGCCGGUGUACAUGUGCAUGCCACACACACACGAGUCGCUACUUCUCCACCUGGGAUGUGCAAUAUAUGGGUCCUAAUUACAAUUUGAAAUACAUGGACCAAGCCAG